GGGGGACAUUAGUUUCUUGGAUGAGUCUCUCUGUCCCACUGUCAGGUAGUUGAGAAUUUGUCCACUUGCAAACAUGGAGAUGCCAGACUACACCGAGGUUCUGGACCCGGCCUACACCACGCUGGAGAUUGAUAACAUGCAAGUGCUCGCCAUGGGCACGGACUCUUCGCCGGCUGACGGUACAAACAUGAAUGCCAGCAGCCACCUCGGGGCGGGCAGCCUGUGUGCCAUAUGUGGAGACAGAGCCACUGGAAAGCACUACGGCGCUUCCAGCUGUGACGGCUGCAAGGGCUUCUUCAGGCGCAGCGUCCGCAAAAACCACAUGUACUCAUGCAGAUUCAACAGACAAUGUAUUGUGGACAAAGACAAGCGGAAUCAGUGCAGAUACUGUCGACUGAAGAAAUGCUUUAGAGCUGGUAUGAAAAAAGAAGCCGUACAGAAUGAAAGAGACCGAAUCAGCACCAGAAGGUCCAGCUAUGAAGACAGCAGUUUACCCUCCAUCAAUGCACUCAUCCAGGCAGACGUUCUGUCCAGACAGAUCACCUCCCCUGCUACUAUACUGAACGGCGACAUACGAGCCAAAAAGAUUGCCACCAUCACGGAUGUCUGCGAGUCCAUGAAGCAGCAGCUGUUGGUCUUGGUGGAGUGGGCCAAGUACAUCCCAGCAUUCUGUGACCUGCCCCUGGACGACCAGGUGGCGUUGCUACGGGCUCAUGCAGGAGAGCAUCUCCUACUUGGUGUUGCCAAGAGGUCCAUGCUAUACAAGGACAUCCUCUUAUUAGGUAAUGACCACAUCAUUCCUAGAAACUGUACAGAGUUGGAGGUGAGCAGGGUAGCGAUACGGAUCCUGGAUGAGCUGGUGCUUCCCUUCCAAGAUCUACAGAUAGAUGACAAUGAAUAUGCAUGUUUAAAAGCCAUCGUUUUCUUUGACCCAGAUGCUAAAGGUCUGAGUGACCCUGGAAAGAUCAAGCGUAUGCGAUACCAGGUCCAGGUCAGCAUGGAAGACUACAUCAAUGACAGGCAGUACGACUCUCGAGGCCGCUUUGGCGAGCUGCUCCUGCUGCUGCCAACACUACAGAGCAUCACCUGGCAAAUGAUUGAGCAGAUCCAGUUUGUCAAAUUGUUUGGCAUGGCCAAAAUUGACAACCUGCUACAAGAAAUGCUUCUUGGGGGUUCUGCUAAUGAAGCUCCACAUGCAACUCACUCCCUGCACCCUCACCUGGUUCAGGAGCACCUCAGUGGCAACAUAAUAGUGGCGACCAACAUGCCGAUGCCAAUCCAUAACAGUCAAAUCUCCACUCCUGAAACCCCAAUACCAUCUCCGCCUACCGCCUCCAGCGCUGAACAUUAUAAAAUGGCUCCGGGGGUCAUAGCCACCGUGCCAAAGCAGCCAACCUCCAUCCCUCAACCCACCAUUACAAAGCAAGAGUCCAUCUAACAGCCACCUGAAACCUGCUUCACUUUCGGAUUGCCUUAAACCACAGAUUUCAUAUGCAAGUUUCUGCACAGACAGCUCCGAAGCUGUUGACUUGAAUAAAGCAAAGUAGCGAAACAUAUCGAGAAAGUUGUUCCUGGCAGAAACUUCAGGGAAUGUUCAUACAUGCAUGUAAAACCUCAGUACAAACUGUUUCAAAACUAAAAAAAAAAACAACUGAAACUGUUGUUCUGAAAGACUGACAAUAUCAAAGAACAUUUUUGUAAAUAACCUUUUUAUUGUGCAACAUGGCUUCUCGUGUGUGCAGUACGGCUCUAUGUUAGACAUGACUGGCAUGUUAUGAAUGUUACAGCAGGCCUUACAUUGGCAUGUGUGUUGCACAGUGUUUUAUUUUAUGCUCUUCAGUGAUGAAAAUGAUAUCACUUUAAGGCAGGCGUGACCUCAGUGACAGCUAUAGCUCGGAUGCAAAUGUCAUUUUGUCAAAUGAGACAAAUGCAAAUUUCUGAGGAGCCAUGAGAGUAUCUUUUGCCAUAACAAUACAAUAUCUUUAAUAUGCUGUAUUUUGUUUCCACUUGACAUGUAAAAUUUAUCAAAUUUAUACUCUGUAAGCUGCCAUGCAGACUCACUGAAGAAUUUCCCCAAUAACAUAUUUUAUUGGUUUU